CCUUCAAGAGUUCAAAACAAAAUCUAAGGGUUGCGAACACCACGGUUUCUAGGAAUCUUACCAUCGACAUAACAAAUACUUCUUGUUCAAACUGUUCAAAGAUAAUGGUUGCUGAUGAUUGUGGAAGAAAUAUUAAGAGAGAACUUGAAUCUGUUGGGGAUGAAGUGAUUUUUGAAACAAAUAUCAUGAAAUGUGAAGCAGGUGAAACUGAAAUGGUCAGUGGAUCUGGAAAAUAUGAUAUAGAUCAGAUUAAAAGUGAAAGUGUCAUUGAUGUUUACCAGGAACCCAAAUCAGAAAAAUGUAUAGAAGAAAUAAGUGAAGGCACUCAAAAUAAGUUCCUUGACAUACAGGAUUCUGGAAACGUUUUUAUCAAAACAGAGGAUGAAACAGUCAUCGAAAAGAAAGAAGAGAGCUUCAAUGAAAAGAAGUCAUCAGCGUUAUGUCAAAAGGAGUUUGGCACUGCAAAUGAUCAAAUCGGGAAACAUGAGUUAGUAGAUACAACAGAGAGGCCCAGUUUGAAAAUCCAUGAAAAAACACGUUCUGUUGAAAAAUCAUUUGAGUGUACCAUUUGUCAAAAGUCAUUUCACAGUAAUUAUUUGAAAAUUCAUGAAAGAACACAUACUGGAAUAAAACCAUUUCAGUGCAAAAUCUGCUUUAAACCGUUUAUUUGUAAAAGUCAUUUGAAGGAACACGAAAGAAUUCAUACUGGGAUAAAAUCAUUUCAAUGUAAAAUAUGUCAAAAGUCAUUCAGUCGAAGAAGUCAUUUAAAAGAGCACGAAAUAAUUCAUACUGGUGAAAAACCAUUCCAGUGCAAAAUCUGCUCAAAAUCAUUCACUAAAAGAAGUUAUUCGAGAAUCCAUGAAAAAACUCAUAAUGAGGAAAAAUCAUUUCGAUGUAAAAUCUGCCAGAAGUCAUUUACUCACAAUAAUAAUUUGAAAAUCCAUGAAAGGAUACAUACUGGAAUGAAACCAUUUCAGUGCACAAUAUGCUUGAAGUCAUUCACUGAAAGUAGUAGUUUGAAAAAACAUAAAAGGACACAUACUGGUGAAAAGCCAUUUCAGUGUAAAAUCUGCCGAAAGUCAUUUAUUCAAAAUAGUAGUUUGAAAAGACAUGAAAAAAUUCAUACUGGGAAAAAAUCAUUUCAGUGUAAAUUCUGUUCAAAGUCAUUUUUUCAGAGUGGUAAUUUAAAAUCGCAUGAAAGAACGCAUACUCGUGAUAAAUCACUUCAGUGUACAAUUUGUCUAAAGUCAUUUGUUAACAGUAAUUAUUUGAAAAUUCAUGAAAGAACACAUACGGGUGAAAAACCAUUUUAAUGCAAAAUCUGCUUGAAACCAUUUAUCAAUAAAAGUAAUUUGAAGGCACAUGAAAAAACUCGUACUGGGACUAAAUUUAAAUGUAAAAUGUGCCCAAAGUCAUUUGUUUUGUGUAGUUCCUUGAAGUCCCAUGAAAAAAUACAUUGUCGAAAAAUUAUUUCAAUGUUCAAUUUGCCCCAAGUCAUUUAGUCGCAGUAAUUCUUUGAGAAUUCAUGAAAUAAUACAUACCGGAAUAAAACCAUUUCAGUGCAAAAUCUGCUUGAAGUCAUUCACUGAAAGUAGUAGUUUGAAAACACAUAAAACGACACAUACUGGUGAAAAGCCAUUUCAGUGUAAAAUCUGCUUAAAGUCAAUUACUCAAAACAAGAGUUUGAAAGCUCAUGAAAAAAAAACUCAUUCAUAAUGCUUUUACAUGCAGAACAUACUGAUGAAAACCAUUUCAGUGUAAAGUCAACAUGAAGUCUUCAAAAACCCAUAAAAACCACAAAAAACAUUUAGGAGUGCAAAGUUACCUCCUGAUAAUUUGUUUUCUGGUAUCGAAAAUCGUUAAGUUGAUGGAAUACAUAGAUUAUCUCGAAAUAUAAAAAUAAUAAUACUGUCUUUAUUUUUUAAUCCUUGCAAAGUCCAGUGUUAAUUCUACUCUGCUUAACUGAGUACCAUUUACAAUUAUUUUAUUGAUAAAUACAUUAUAAACACUUUCUAAGGCAAACAUAAUUGAAUAAUUAUUCUUACUAUAUUAUACUUAAAUUACACACAUUAUGAAGGUACUGAACAUUAAGAAGAGAAUGACGUCAGAAGAUGACAAGUUACGCCGUUGCCAACAUGUGCGCUACUUCGACUUUUCAAAUUUUGUUGUUCUGUUGAUUUGUUUUAUUGCUAUUAACCUUACUUACUAUUAAGUUACUUAGUUGUAAUACAUUUAGAGUGUCACUUCACCAUUUUUUCAUAAUGAGUGAUGAAAAAUAAAAUAUUUUAUUUAAAUUCG